AACCCUAAGCCUAACUAUAAUAACUAAACUCCAUUUCUACUAUUUCAAUAGCUCCUAUUCUUAACCCUCAUUUUUACUACAUCCUGAAAUUCGCCAUUUAUAUAUAGUUUAAUUAAAUUUUAAUCACCAAAUUUCAGUAUCUCGAUGAUCGGCACUCACAACGAUGUUUCUGUACGUAAUUCAGGUGUUGCAGGGGUGUGCAUGAUGAGUAGCAAAUGGAGAGACGAACAACAUCCAUCGUUCAUAAACUUUAUAUCCAGCUUCCUGAGUGCAAAUUCAUUCCGGUUAAACAUUGUGCCAAUUGCACCUGAUUUCAUCUUCAAUUGCGGUUUAUCGUUAGCUUUCAUGUUUGUGAUAAGUUAUGACUGCAACAAUCCAGGGCCUAUUUUCAGCAGAGCUGAGAAACUGAAGACUCAAUUUGCACAUCUCUAUGUGGUUGUCACCCUUCCAACAAAGGAGCAGAAUGAUUCUUUUCUAAGCUCUUAUGGCAGAUAUGACAUGAAUGUUGGUAACCCGACCUUUGUUCCGGUACCGGAUCUAGAAUUGGGCUUUGAGAAGAUUGUAAGAAUAGCACAUGCACGUGGUGUUUGCAAGAAGCAGGAUGCUUUAUGCAAAUUGAAUGCUGAGAAGGAGAGAUCUGUUCAAGGGAUGGAUGUUCUUCUCAGAGUGGUAUCUUCUAUCCCACAUGUUGAAACUCAUGAUGCUAAUGGGCUAAUUCAAACCAUAGGAUCAAUAGAAGCAAUUGCUAAAGCCUCCAAGGAAAACAUUUUGGAGAACACUGACAUUUCAUCAGAAAAAGCCGAGAAGAUUUCAAGAUUUUUCAGAGAUUGCAAGGUUUUUCUCAGCCCCAGAAUCCUGAAAAGUGUAUGUAAUUAGUUGUUACUAGUUUCUACAUAAUUGGUUAAAGAUUACACUCAAAAUCAGACUCAUAUUGUUCUUGAUUACUCGUUAUAUUCUAUGGGACAUAACUGGAAAGAUUCAAAUGUUUACACUAUUUGAUUACGCCGACACAGCAGAAAUGAAAAUGUAGUUGGUAUCACUGUAAUUGUAUUACUUCAAUUCCAUUAUCAAAUUUUCGUUCUACAA